AUGCGCUACUACUUUUACCAUGCAUUAACGUGGCCCCAGCUUUCAUAUGUGGCCGAAGACGAGAAAGGGAAAAUAGUUGGAUACAUUCUUGGAAAAAUGGAUGAAGAACCACAGGAUGGAAUCCCAAAUGGACACGUCACAAGUAUCUCUGUUCUGCGUUCGCACCGUCGCUUGGGACUCGCAAACAAGCUCAUGAAACUAAGUCGUACGUCAGACCACGUAUUAACUUCUAGAAACUGCCAUGCGGGAUGUGUUCGGAGCUCAAUAUGUUUCGCUUCAUGUGCGCGAGUCCAACCGUGCAGCAAUUUCAUUGUACACCGACAUGCUUGGCUUUAA